AAGUUUUCGGAUGCCCAAUUGUCAUGGGACAGCCGUCUCAUAAAAAAAAAAGUAUAAAAGGGAAACUAAGGGUGCAUCCUCCAGGUGAGUGAGAGACGGCAAUCAGAGCUCAUCACAUUGAAAUAUCUCUCCUCCUUGCAAUUUGCAAUAAUUUUGUCAUUCUUCUUUUCUUCUAAAUUAAUAUGGCCACUCGUUGAGUCCUUUCUUUAGGUCUUUUUUUCUUUUCUUUUCUUUUUUAAUAUAACAAAAGAGAAGGGUGGUGGGCCAUUAAUCUAAGGCAGGUAGCAAGCAUUGAGAGAGAGAGUGAGGAAAUUGAAAGAGGAAGGAGAUGGUGCAGGUAGCAAGGUUGGUGCAGGGUGCAUUGUUGUUGUGCUGCCUCUGGGCAGUGGGCCUAGUUCAGGCCGAGGAUCCCUACUUCUUCUUCACAUGGAACGUGACCUACGGCACCAUCUCUCCUCUUGGCGUACCGCAACAGGUCAUUUUGAUAAACGAUCAGUUCCCUGGUCCCAACAUCAACUCCACAUCCAACAACAACAUCGUCGUCAAUGUCUUCAAUAACCUGGAUGAGCCAUUACUCUUUACAUGGAAUGGUGUCCAACAUAGGAAGAACUCUUGGCAAGACGGAAUGCCCGGCACCAACUGCCCCAUCCUGCCGGGGACCAAUUUCACUUACCACUUCCAGGUGAAGGACCAGAUCGGUAGCUACUUCUACUACCCAAGCACCGGCAUGCAUAGGGCCUCCGGUGGCUUUGGAGGCCUUCGCGUCAACAGUCGUUUGCUUAUCCCUGUCCCUUACCUUGAUCCAGAGGAUGACUACACCAUCUUGAUCAACGAUUGGUACACCAAGAGCCACACCGCCCUCAGGAAGGAGCUAGACAGUGGUCGUUCCAUUGGCAAGCCCAAUGGCGUCCUCAUCAAUGGCAAGAACAAGGCCGAAAACAUGUCCCACCUCUUCAUCAUGAAGCCCAACAAGACCUACAAGUACAGGAUCUGCAACGUUGGAUUAAAGACAUCCCUCAACUUCAGGAUCCAAGGCCACACCAUGAAGCUGGUUGAGCUAGAAGGCUCCCACACAGUACAGAACGUUUACGAGUCUCUGGACGUGCACGUUGGGCAGUGUUACUCAGUGCUUGUGACGGCCGACCAGGAGCCUAAAGACUACAUGAUGGUGGCUUCCACUCGCUUCACCAAGUACAUGCUCAACGCUACAGGCCUCAUUCGCUACAGCAACAGCAAGGGCCCGGCCUCUCCUGAGCUCCCCAAGGCGCCAGUUGGUUGGGCCUGGUCCCUAAACCAGUUCCGCUCCUUCCGUUGGAACCUCACCGCUAGUGCCGCCCGUCCCAAUCCACAGGGCUCCUACCACUACGGUAGAAUCAACAUCACCCGUACCAUCAAGCUUGCCAACACUGUUGCCAUGGUCGACGGCAAGCUCCGCUACGCCAUCAAUGGCAUCUCCCACGUUGACCCACCAACCCCACCCAAGCUCGCAGAGUACUACAAUGUCGCGGAUAAGGUGUUUGAAUAUAACCUUGUCAAGGAUGAGCCUGCCACUGUGGAUGAGCCGACCAAGGUCACCCUCGCACCUAGCAUCGUCAAUACCACCUUCCGCAACUACAUUGAGAUCAUCCUCGAGAACCACGAGAAGGGUAUCCAGACGUGGCACUUGGAUGGCUACUCCUUUUUCGCCGUAGCUGUCGAGACUGGGAAGUGGACCCCAGAGAAGAGGAAGAACUACAAUUUGCUUGAUGCUGUUAGCAGAAAUACCAUCCAAGUCUAUCCCUACUCUUGGGCUGCGAUCAUGCUCACCUUGGACAACGCAGGCCUCUGGAACCUCAGGUCUACCAUGGCGGAGAGGUCCUACCUCGGACAACAACUCUACUUCAGUGUUCUUUCCCCUGCCCGCUCCCUCAGGGAUGAAUACAACCUCCCCGACAACGCCUUGCUCUGCGGCAUUGUCAAGGACAUGCCCAAGCCCCCUCCUUACUCCUCCGGCGCCUAAUUCUUCUUCUUUUAUCCACGUAUGUGGGACUCAUUUCUUGUUCUAUACUAACUUCUUGAACACACAUUCCUUCCGAGAGAGAGAGAGGGAGAUAGAGAGCGGCACAGAACAGAGUGAGCGAGAAUAAGGAAUGGGAUUUAGAGUCCUUACACAUAGUUUCCAUUAUUAAUACCAAGAAGAUUAUAUAA